AUGGCAGACCUGACUUUGGACAUCAACGAGGUUCAGGUUUUGGUUCAUUAUCCUUUGGAUGCUGACGGGUUCUUCUGGCACCACCGGGUCUUGCUACAUAGGAUCGAGGGGGGAGAAUGGCUCACGCUGACCCCCGAUCUGGAAGUUGUGAGACACAACCUUGCCAACCAGCGACAUCGGGUCUUGGAUCGUGCAUCCCCUUUCCCGGCGGACAUUGCUGAUGAGAUCUACGCUCAUGAUCCAAUAGGCAGGGCAGCUUUGGCCAACUUCAAACGGCAAGCCCAGAUCCAGGCGGCUAUCCUUGGUGAAGGAGCACUGCUUGACCCUGAGGCCUUCCAGUGGGUGAUCUCAGAGCCUCUUCGCCCGGACUUCGGCACGGCGGUGGACGCUGCGCUCCUGGGGAACGAGGCCACCGGACUGGCCUUCACGUUGAAAGGCGUGGUGCUGAAGGAUGGCGAGGAGGUCUUCGUGGAGAGGGUUGGCAUGGCUUCUCUUGCGGAUUGGCGACGUCAACGAGGCUUGGAGACUGCUGAUGUCCGUCUGUUGGGUGAUCAUCGAGACGCCUCUGGCAAGAAGGUCUUGGACUUGAAGACGGCAGUUUCCUUGAUGAAAGCCCCUACGGAUCCGGACUUCCCGAUUGCCGGGAUUAGAGCAGCCAAGGAGUUUCACGACAGCGUGGCGGCGGCGACCGGCAAUUUCCUCAAUUACCACUCCGAAUGGUUGCGGCUCUCAGGGGUUUCCAAGAGACAGAGUGCGGUACAUGUUCACCGAGCGCUCUGUGAAGGGCUUCGCCUCAUGCACUCCUUCGACCAGAUUGAUGCUAGCGCCGUGGCAGUUGGGGAACAUUUGACUCGUUGGGUUAUUCAGAUAGAGCUAGCGGUCGAACGUAACCCCCUUCAACCUGACUACUCGGGCUUGGACAUCAUCAGUGGAACGGCUCAGCUGGCAGAUGGUCGGGCAGCCACGGCGAAGUUCUGCGAGUGGGUCACUUCUCGUUUGAAGGAAAGGGCUUCAAUCUGGAAGCAGGAGCGCCUCUACAUGCACGAGCGCCGCCAGAUCCGAGGAAAGGGUCGAGACACAGAGGGUGGAGACUCAAGCUCGGAGGAGGAGGGCGGCAAGGGCAAGCGACGCAAGAAGAAGAAGAACAAGGAGAAGAAAGAGAAGGACCAUACCGAAGCCGGCGCAAAGGGCGGCAUGGUGAUCCAUUCCCUUUGCCGCGGCUUCCUCCUGGGGGACAUCGUGACCAUCAAUCUUUGCAUGGACCUCCAUCGGCGAGUUCAGCUAUACGGUGCGGCGCCCGAAGAUUUCUCCGAGGACUCCGUCAUGGCUGAGCUUGGGCAUCGCAGUAGCCUGUAUGAACAGGAGGCCAGACACAUUGCCCCCUUGGAUUUGGUGGUGACAUACCUUCGGCACUUCGACGAGCUGGUGGAACGCACCCCGGGCGAGUUGGCAGUCCUUCAUGAGAGUGGUUCACUGAUUGAGCCAUAUUGGGAUCCCAGCUUGCGGCGGUCAAGGAAUCGUCGCUUGGACCUUUAUCGUGCACUUCACUCCUCAGGUCUCUUUGCAUUCCGGCGCCGGAGAAAAGCUCGAGUGGGGAUCUUCACUGUGCGCAAGAAAGCGGGGGCCCGACGCUUAAUCAUUGAUGCCCGACAGGCUAACGCCUGCCAUCGGUCACCUCCGACGACCAGACUGGCCACUCCAGCCGGGAUGGUCAACUUGGACAUGUCGGCCCAGACCUUGGAAGCGGACGGCUAUGGCGGCACACUUGGUGAUCCAGAAAUCUCUGCUGAGGCGGGUGAUGUGGGGGAUUGUUUUUAUAACUUUCAAGUACCUGAGCUCACUGCUUGGUUCUGUACGGAUGAUGUGUUCUCUCGUCGGGAUGUUCGCGAACAGCUGGGCUUCGAUCUCACCAUGGUCUACGACGACUCCCUCGGCUAUGAGACCCCACUCGGCGAGGACGAGCACGUGUACGCGGAGAUCCGUGACCGCUGCCCUCCUCCUCGUCUCGUACCUGGCCAUGCCAUCGUGGGGACCUACGUGGACAACGUUCACACCUUUGGAGCACAGCAGGGGGUGGCUUUAAGUUGCUGGGCAUCCCCUUUGAAGUGGACGGCGUGGAAAAACAACGAUGGAUGGACAGCCUCGGGCUCAGACUUGACUUCCGGGAUCGGUGCGCAGCUAGGUCAAAGGAACGCUGGGCCUGGGAACUGUGGUUCGCUACCAGGGGUCUUCUUCGACGUGGACGGGCACUUCUCCAUCGAGAACGGUGGCGGUUCAUCAUCAGUGACGAGCCCGAUGCUCGCAAAGCCGGCCAUGAUGAAUUUGAUCAUGGUCGCCUUGGUUUCCCUGGCAGUGCUCCCUUUGCGGGUGUUGGCGGUGGAACUGCGUACGGCCAGGAUCUCAACUUUCGCAUCGGAGAAGAGCAGCACACUCUCCUCUUCAAGCAGCGGCGCUCACGACUACUUGGAUCACCGGCUCCUUUGCCUACCUCAGCGGUUCAAGGUCCUUCGAUUCCUCCGGUGGCCCAUGAAUGGGAUGAUCCUCUUCGUUGGCAUCUUGUUACGACUGGGCCUUGGCAAUUCCCACGCGAGCACAUCAACAUCAAGGCGGAGCACCAUAGACGAUGCGACCCAGGGCGUUCGCGUUGACGCUGGCCUUUCGGGGCUGGGCUCUACACCGUCUACGGGAUCCCGCUCUUCUUCUUCAGCGAGGCUGCCGGCGACUUCACCAACUUCGUGGCCGACCUUGGCAGCCUGCCCAGCUACCUCUUCUUGCUCUUCAGCGUCUACACCGCGCUACUUCCUCGAGGUCUUCUCCGGCACGGGGCGGCUCACUCGAGCAUUGGCAGGAACAGGGAUGCGAGUACUUCCAGACAUGGAGGUUGCGAAGGGCCACCAGUUUGACCUCCUCAAUCCCUCCGUCCAGAAGGUCAUCUUUGGUCUCAUUCGUGAUGGUCGGGUGUGGUGCAUUCAUUUUGGCACUCCAUGCACAAUUUGGAGUCGAGCUCGACACAACAUCAAGAAGCUCGCGCAAGCUCGAGAAAAAGAAGCACGUGGGGUGGCCUUGGCAUUGUUCACUGCCCGGGCCAUUCGUCUUUGCCUGGCGGAAUGCCUCGGGGUCGCACUUCCCAAGGAUGUGGCCAUCUACCUCAAUGGCCUUGAAAAGGCGCAGCUGCGAGCUCACAGCCUCCGUCAAACAGUUGCCGGAGGAGCUCUUCGCCGGGCUUACCAGGACACGGACGAGUGCUUCCUCCUCGACGCCAGACGCUACCUCAAGACACACCCUGUCGUCUUCGGCAACUUCACGGCUCAGGACCUCGCAAAGCUUGUUGGCUACUUCGGCUACUCCGGGCUCGAGCCUCGACGCUACGCUUCAGCUCAGGCGCCGCGUCAAACCAAGGUCACUCAGAAGACGUUGGACAGUUACCACCGGCACGUUCAAGACUUUGAGGCGUGGGCCAGCAGCAAGCGACAAAAGGUCACCGCAAAGAACCUGGACCGGUUAGUGGUGCGCUACCUCACUCAGUUGGCUCUCGAGGAUGCGGUGCUCCCCUCUGAAGGCGCCUACCUGGUGUUUGGCCUUCAGAUGCUCAAAUGCACCGUACCGAAAGCUGACUUUCUUCCUGAAGCCAAAGAGGCUUUAGCAGCCUGGCGAAAAAUCGCCCCGGGCGGCAUGCGGCUUCCGCUGCCAGAAGAGUUCGUGUUCGACAUGGCUACUCUGGCCAUAGAUGAAGCUCAUCUCGACAUAGCCUUUGCCAUGGUGCUUCAGCUAGACACGUACCUUCGCCCUUCGGAGUGCCUGGGCCUUCCUAGACUACACAUCGGCUUUCCAGCCGGUGGCCGCUACAAUAGGUGGUCCAUCGUGGUGGCUCCUUUUGACCUGGGCAACUCCACCAAAACGGGCAAGUACGACGACUCAGUCCUCGUGGCAGACAAAGCAGACCGGGCCUGGCUCACCGAAGCCAUGCAACUGUACAUGGCUAAAGUCACGGAUGAACUUUUUCCAUCUUUGACCUUGGCCAAGUAUGAGAAGUGGCUCAAACGAGCGGCUACAAAACUUGGCUACAAGACUCCCUGCGUCAUGCCCCACAUUUUGAGGCAUGCUGGUGCUUCAAACGACGCCUUCCACAAGAGGCGUUCACUGGCUGACAUUCAAAAGAGGGGCAGAUGGGACGCCAAGAAGAGUGUGGGCCGCUAUGAGAAGCAUGCGCUUCUUCUGAAACGGUGGGAGCAGGCUGACUCGGGUCGCAAGCAGACCAUCCGAGUCAGAUCCCAGGCGCUGCCAGGACGUCUGCUGUCAGCGCUGCGACAGCGGUAG